GUGCUUGUUCUUGUACUCGGGAUCAUUACUGACGAUAAAAUACUGUUCUUGUUCUAUUCCUCUUCUUUGUUUGCACCCAUAAAUUACACUGCAUUUCGAUUUAUUGCGGCCGAUAGACCAUGGGCAAACCCAGACCUCCUCAAAAAAAGAAGUCCUCCAAAUCUCGCGCAAAGUCCGUUCUGAGCGCGGGCGGCUCAGUCUCAAAACAGAAAAUGAACGAAGACCCUUCCAAGCUUCUCGAGCAGGCGACGACAGAGCUUCAGACCGGUCAACCAGAUGUUGCGCUUUCACUGGCUCAGCAAGCCCUCAACAGCGCCCCAGCCAACUCCCCAGCUCAAUUAUCGGCCUUGAUUACCGUUGGAGAAAUCUACGUCGAACUUGGCGAUAUUGACACUGGUAGGCAACAUUUCAUGCGCGCUGUCGAACUUGAUCCAAAUGGCACGAUACCCGAGUCCCAGGGAGGAGGAGCUGGAAAGUUCCUGUGGCUAGCUCAACUGAGCGAGCUCGGUGGGAGGGACAGUGUUCAGUGGUUUGAGAAGGGUGUGUCGUCUCUCAGGCAUACUAUUCAGCAGCUGGAGCAAAACCCCGGGCCGGAAGAGGCACUUGAACUUGUUGAGAAAAAACACAAGAUGGCAAAUGCUCUGUGUGGAGUUGCCGAAAUCUACAUGACCGACCUUUCGUGGGAAGAAGAUGCAGAAACUCGAUGCGAGACCCUCAUCACCGAAGCGAUUCUCGUUGCACCAAAUGCGCCUGAAGUACUACAAACCCUUGCAUCCAUUAGAAUCUCACAGCUGCGGACGGAGGAGGCCCAGGCCGCACUCACGAAGAGUCUCGCACUGUGGAAGGAUCUGCCGCCCGAGGACCCGACUGUCCCAGACUUCGCGACGAGAAUCAGUCUUUCCCGUCUUCUCAUGGAGGUUGGCAAGGAACUCGAGGCCUUGGAGGUUCUGGAACGCCUGAUCCUGGAAGAUGACCAGAGUGUGGAGGCAUGGUAUCUCGGAGGGUGGUGCUUGCAGCUGCUGGCUGGAAAGCAACAAGCCCCCACAGAUGGCGAAGAAGCCGAUGAAAGCCCAGAGGUCAAGCGACAUGCAUCGCUUGAUGCUAGCCGUGAAUGGCUCAAGCAAAGCUUGGCGCUAUACGAGGUUCUUCAAUAUGAAGACGAGAGACUUAAGGACCAUGCACUGGAAUUGGUCUCGGAAAUGAACAAAGAGCUGGGUGAGGAGAUGGACGACGACGAGGCCGGGGAGGAUGAGGACAACGAGGAAGGCUGGGAGGACGAGGAGAUCGAGGUGGAAUCUGACGGCGAUCACGAAAUGGCUGACUCAUAAAAAGUUGCAUG